AUGGGGAGGAUGGGGAAGACGUACUCGGUGAAUCCAAAUGAUUAUAAGUUACUAGAAGAAGUAGGAUAUGGAGCGAGCGCUGUUGUUUAUAGAGCGAUCUAUAUUCCGUUUAAUGAAGUCGUCGCUAUUAAGUGUUUGGAUCUCGAUCGUUGCAAUAGUAAUCUGGAUGACAUAAGGAGGGAAGCUCAAACCAUGAGUUUGAUAGAUCAUCCAAAUGUUAUUAGAGCAUAUUGUUCGUUUGUUGUUGACCAAAAUCUAUGGGUGGUCAUGCCGUUCAUGGCCGAGGGUUCUUGUUUGCACCUCAUGAAGAUAGCAUAUCCAGAAGGAUUCGAGGAGCCUGCUAUUGGUUCUAUUCUGAAAGAAACUCUUAAGGCUUUGGAGUACCUGCAUCGACAAGGGCAUAUUCAUCGGGAUGUUAAGGCUGGAAACAUUCUACUGGAUACCAAUGGGAUUGUAAAGCUUGCUGACUUUGGUGUUUCAGCUUGCAUGUUUGAUACAGGUGAUCGACAGCGUUCCAGAAAUACUUUUGUGGGGACUCCAUGCUGGAUGGCACCUGAGGUUUUGCAGCCAGGAAGUGGAUAUAAUUCCAAGGCUGAUAUUUGGUCAUUGGGUAUAACGGCACUUGAGUUGGCGCAUGGCCAUGCACCUUUCUCAAAAUAUCCUCCAAUGAAGGUUCUUCUCAUGACCAUACAGAAUGCUCCUCCUGGUCUUGAUUAUGAUCGUGAUAAAAAAUUUUCUAAGUCUUUUAAAGAAAUGGUUGCAAUGUGCCUUGUGAAAGAUCAGACAAAGAGGCCAACUGCUGAGAAGUUAUUAAAACACUCUUUUUUUAAGAAUGCAAAGCCUCCAGAGCUUUCUGUGAAGAAGUUGUUUGCAGACUUGCCCCCACUUUGGAAUCGUGUGAAAGCUAUUCAGCUUAAAGAUGCUGCACAGCUGGCUCUAAAGAGAAUGCCUUCAGCAGAACAAGAAGCAUUGUCACAGAGUGAGUACCAACGAGGAGUUAGUGCCUGGAAUUUUGACCUCGAGGAUUUGAAAGCCCAAGCAUCACUAGUGCGAGAUGACGAUCACGAUAUACCAGAGAUGAGGGAAGAAGAUGAAAGCAUUAAGUUUGGUGGUGAUAAGGCUGCCACUGGUUCCCAAUCUAGUUCAGUGAAAGUAAAUUCAAAUAGUGAAAUACAGCAGCCUGAGUACAGAAGACAAUUAAGUGGGGGUGAAUUGUCUCAGGCUGAUAACUUCAAUAGGAAAGGGAAGUUACAGGAAAGUGACUUGCUGGAAACCAGUAGCCAGGAAAAAGUCGGGUGGAAGAGAAAUGGAUCAAACGCUGAAGCAAAGGCUUCAACAUCAGAAAAUGACAUGAUGCAGGCCAAGGCCAAAGCAGUGAAAGGUCGCCAAAUCCAUAGUGGGCCUCUCAUGCCUGGCACUGUAGUUUCUCAUUCAUUGUCAGAAAGGGGGCGCACUUCUGAAAGGUUUGAGAAUGAAAAUCAGCCCACAGCUGAAAGAGCUACCCGUGAGGUUCGAAAAGCUCCCAGCUUUAGUGGUCCUCUAAUGCUUCCAAAUCGAGCUUCAGCAAACAGUUUAUCAGCUCCCAUUAAAUCUUCAGGAGGAUUUAGAGAUUCUUUGGAUGACAAGUCAAAGACAAAUCUGGUCCAAAUAAAGGGGAGGUUCUCAGUUACAUCAGAAAAUUUAGAUCUUGUAAAGUCACCACUGAGAAAGUCUGCUAGUGUUGGUGAUUGGAUGUAUGAGCCUAAGCAAAUGCCUGUGAAUCAGUCACCAAAAGAUGUUAGUAACAAUAGUGUUCCUGUAUUACUCUUGCCUCAUCUUCAGAAUCUUUUUCAGCAGACCACAAUUCAACAGGAUAUUAUUAUGAGUUUAUUGAAUAGCUUGCAGCCAGCUGAGGCCGUAGAAGGUAAGGGAGAUGCAAUUGAACAAAGCUAUUUUGUUUCAGCUGCUCAAAAUGGGAAGUUGCCACCAUUGCCUCGUGGUUCAGAGAAUAAUGGAAGCGUUGAAGCAGCACCCUCUGAGAGGGAGAAAUCAUUAUUGAUCAAGAUCACUGAGCUUCAAAAUAGAAUGAUGAAUUUGACUGAUGAACUGAAUGCUGAAAAGCUAAAAUAUGUGCAAGUCAAUACAUCAUGGAUUGAAGGAGUACAAGUUUUCGCCGGAUUGGAAAGAUGGAAGUUGAUCUCAGUGAAAGACAGCAAGAGAAUACAAGUGACAGCGACAGAGUCCCGGGAACUCUGUUUGGUCUUUGCAGAUGAUCAGCACACUUACGUAAGCUUAAUAUGGCUAGUGGCUAAUAGAAAAGCUAAUGAGGGGAUGACGCUCCAGAUGGAAACAGUUUUUCCCUUGCCACCUAAAUCUUUUGAAGACGUUCAUAUGUACGUAGGCCUGGUUGAUAAAUCCAUCUGCUUCAAUUUCAAGAGGAAGAAGAUUAACAGGGGAAAAUGCAGGGCAGAGUUAUCAGACGACUCCACGUUUGCUAUGGCUAUAGGUGCGUGUAUGUUGAGCUCUUUGCUAUUACCGAACACAGUUACUAAAGACGAGGAGGCGGAGAGUGAUUCGGGUAUUACUACGACUGAUACGAGAUUUACUGUUAUGGGUAUUAUUAGUUUCAUUCCUUACUUUAAUUGGCUGGGUUGGGUUUUUGCUUGGCUUGAUACAGGGAAAAGGAGAUAUGCUGUUUAUUCUCUUGUCUACCUGGCUCCUUAUUUGAAUCAGUUUUGUAUUGAUUUGCAUCUUAGAUCAAAUAUGUCUCUGUCUCCUGAAGAGAGCUGGUUGCCUAUUGCUAGCAUUAUUUUUGGCAUUGUUCACGUUCAGCUAGAAGCAAGCAUAAAAAGUGGAGAUAUUCAGGGAUUUCAAUUAUUUAGCGAAGCAGCUAAGCUUCUUCCAUUGCUGACAAAAGAGAAAGAUAUUCAUUUGCGGGAGAAUCAGGAACCAUCAGAGGAGGGCAGAGAAGGAGAACACAAGAAUCUGCCAUCUACUGAUGAGCAAUCACGAAAUGAGAUUCGGAAGUGGGGAGUCCCUAGAAAUCACUCAGAAAAUCAAGCACACUCAAACGGAGGGUGGGAUGAUGAUGAUGAAGAGCAGAGGAAACAAUAG